UCCACUCCACUAAGAACUUCGAACUCUCAAAUGUCCACCGAUUCCUCACCUUGAAUUCCACUAUUCGUUUUGAUCGGAACUUGAAAGCUCAACAAUGUCGAAACAUUUACCUGUUUCAAAGAAUUCACAACCGGAAUACAACGAGAAUGAGCUCGGAGUCUCCCCCAGUGGACUUCAUUUUCCACCUCCUAGAACUCCUUUCAACAUCAUUGCAGAUCCAGCUCAAUUCCAGAAGGAAUUUCAUGAUUCUGGGUUUGAUUCCAAUUUGAAGCUUCAAUCCACCAAAGCCGAUUUGUUUUCUGAUAGAAAAUCCGAAGUUUCGAUUAAGAUUAAUGGAAAUGCAUGUACUAACAAUGGCACUCCAAGGUUUUCAGCUCAAGGUCGGAGGGUUAACUCUGAACCUAGCUCAACGCAUAGUACUCCUGCAAAGAGCUCGUCCAGAGUUUCGUUGGGCGGAGCAAUAGUUGCUACUGGUAGUAAAGCUCCUCAGCUCGCUGAUGGCAGGGCAGGAAGUUCCUACAGGUUUUCCAGAAGGAUAUCGAUGCCGAAUACGGAGUGUCCGGUUGAUGUUUCUCAUAUUGACCUUGAGGAAGAUCCAUCUUUCUGGAAGGAUCACAAUGUGCAGGUAAUGAUACGUAUUCGACCUUUGAGUACUAUGGAGAGAGACUCUCAAGGUUAUGGUCGAUGCUUGCGACAAGAAAACGCAAAGACUCUGGUGUGGCUUGGUCAUCCGGAAACCAGAUUCACUUUUGAUCACAUAGCUUGCGAAAAAAUAUCACAGGAAAACCUUUUCAAAGUUGCUGGACAGCCAAUGGUGGAGAAUUGCUUGUCUGGUUAUAAUAGCUGUAUGUUUGCAUACGGCCAGACUGGUAGUGGUAAAACAUAUACCAUGAUGGGCGGAAUAUACGAGUUGGAGGGUAAACUCAAUGAAGACUGUGGACUAACUUUACGCAUUUUCGAGCAUUUGUUUACAAGAAUUGGAAUGGAGGAAAAGAGCAAGCGGGAUGUCAAAUUGAAAUAUAGCUGCAAAUGUUCCUUUCUAGAAAUUUACAACGAGCAAAUCACGGACCUCUUGGAACCUUCAUCAACUAAUUUGCAACUCAGAGAAGACUUGAAGAAAGGAGUAUAUGUAGAGAAUCUCACAGAACACAGUGUCAGUACUAUAAAUGACGUCGUCAAGCUUCUCUUACAGGGUGCUGCAAACAGAAAAAUGGCUGCUACAUAUAUGAACAGUGAGAGUAGCCGCUCCCACAGUGUUUUUACCUGUAUAAUUGAAAGUCAUUGGGAGAAAGAUUCCAGAACUCACUUAAGAUUUGCGAGGUUAAAUUUAGUGGACCUAGCUGGUUCUGAAAGGCAGAAAAGUUCUGGUGCAGAGGGGGACCGCUUGAAAGAAGCUGCAAAUAUAAACAAGUCGUUAUCAACUCUAGGCUUGGUCAUUAUGUCAUUAGUGGACUUGGCUCAUGGGAAGCACAGGCAUAUUCCGUACAGGGAUUCAAGGUUGACAUUCCUACUUCAGGACUCUUUGGGUGGAAACUCAAAAACAACUGUCAUUGCUAAUGUCAGCCCAUCAUUUUGCUCAGCCAAUGAAACUCUAAGCACUCUUAAAUUUGCACAGCGUGCCAAACAGAUUCAGAAUAAUGCAAAAGUUAACGAGUGUGCUUCAGGUGAUGAAACUGCACUCCAAAGACAAAUCCUACACUUAAAGGGUCAGUUGUCCUUUCUACUCAAGCAUAGUAAUUUUCCAAGGUCUAUACUGAGUAGCGUUCCAAGACUUGAAGAGUUUGGAGUAAGUGCUCCUUUUGAUGACUAUGGUGCACUAGGGAAUAGAAUGCAAACCGAAAAUCGUAAGAUGAAACUCAUGGAAGCUUCCUUGAUUGGUGCAUCGAGGAGGGAAGAAGUGGCAAAUACUACAAUAAAAAAGCUUGAGUUCGAGAUUGAACACAUGAAGCGCUUGGCUUUCCAACAAGAGGAGGAUGGUCAACGUACUAAAAUGUUGUUAAAAUUUCGUGAGGAGAAAAUCAGACAACUUGAACUGUUUUUAGGUGGGAUGGUGUCCGCUGACCAGUAUCUUUUAGAGGAAAACAAGGCCUUAGCGGUAGAGAUUAAGAUGCUUCAAGCAAAGAUUGACAGAAAUCCAGAAUUGACAAGAGUCUCUUUAGAGAAUUCUAAACUCACUGAGCAACUUCAAGUGUAUCACAAUUUUUACGAGCUAGGAGAGCGUGAAGCAUUGCUAACUGAAGUUGCAGAAUUACGCAACGAGCUUCUGGUUGCUCUGGGAAAAAACUCAACCAUAUCUGAACGAGAUAAAUAUCAGAAUGAAAUGAUGUCCAUCAAGAGUUAUAUCCAAGAUGGCACACUAUCUUAUAUUGCAGGAAGUGAGGAGAACUUUGAAAAUACAUUAGGCCAAGGUUCAGAUGAUGAACUUGGAGCAAAGCCCAUUUUUUCUCGGAAAGAUCUGACCGAUGCAAAAAUGUUGGCUGAAUCAAUGGAUUCGGAUAACCACAUGCAAGCUGAGAAUCAUGGAUGUAAGCAGUUCAAAUGCUGCAUGGUAGAAAAUUUCAUUAAACAAUCUGAUGGUACAAAAUGUCAAAAUGACGGAAAUUUGAUGAACCAACAUGAAGAUGUUGACAACAAAACGUUGCAAGUCAAGUUGGAAAACUUAACUAGAGAACUUGAGGAAGUCAGAUUAUCUAAUAUUCACUAUCAAGAAAACCAGAACCAACAGAACCAAAUUGAAGAUGUUCGCCAACAGGUUGAGAUGGAGACAGCCAGUACAAUUCUUCAAUUACAGGAAGAGGUGGAAACUCUUCAGUUAGAACUUAAUGAUAGGUUACAUGGCUUAGCCCAGGAAAACACACUACUAAAAGAUUUGUUGUCUGCAAAAAAUGAGGAGAUGAGGAUGCUAUGUAUAGACUGGGAAACAGCAAUGGUAGAACUAACAAGUUUCCUUCUUGAUAGUUCAAGAUCUAUCAGAGAUGCACAUGGGCAGAUAGAAGGUAUCGCUAAUUUGUUUCCUGAAGUAAAUGUUGGGAUUAGUGAACAGGUGCAACAGGCCAUCAAAGUUUGUAUCGAAAAAGAAGAAACAAUCUUGUUCUUGCAUAAAAAUUUGGAAGAUGCACGACUCAUGGUGAAAGAAAUGGAGCUGAAGUUAGAUUCUCUGAAAGAAGCAACACUCGCCUUUAAUGAAUUGGAACAAAUGCACGAUAAUAUUAGUGCUGCAGGUGCUAAACCGUUGAGCCCUCAGAUGACUGAUGAGAAUAUCAUGGGGGAGUUUCUAGACAAAAGACUUGGAGUUAAGAACAGUCCGUUAAUUGAGGCAGAGAAAUCUGACGAUGCUGCAGUCACUGCAGUAGAAUGGUUAUCCCAACCUCUGGAGCUGGGUUGCUGUAAUUCCAUUGAGAGACAGAUGCCCAUCUCAAAGCUGGACGUUUCAUCUCAAAGAAGCAGUCACAUCUUUGAUAAUCUAAUGGCUAAUGCGAACGAAUUACUGCUGGAAGAAUCAGAUACAGUAAGUAAUAUGAUAUGGUUAGGCUUAACGGAGUUAAAAAAUAUAACUAUUGGACAUUAUGCGGACAUGGAAAUGCAUAUUUCAGCUCUCCAUAUCUACAUUCAAGAUCUUUAUUCUGAAUAUCAAGAGUUAAUACAGGACAUGGCGAGAGAAAUUCAUGAAUUGAGGUUAAAAGCUGAGACAUCAAAUGAAAGUUAUAAAAGCCUCCACUUCUUCAAAGAUAAAGAUCAAUCAGCGCAAAAAUAUUGGAAUAUUGAAAACCAAAAUAGUAUUUUGGAUCAAAUAAAGGCUAAAAUAUAUGAAGCAAAAAACAGACUAAAUAUUCUUGAAGAUUCUAUUGAUAGAAAUACAGCUGGUUGUGGAGAACGGUAUUUAGAUCAAUAUCCGGUGAAAGAAGAUGGCUGGAGUUCUGAUUGCUCUACUUCUAGCUCUGAAAUUUCAACUGAGAGUGAUACCUCAAGAGGGAAAUUUUUGGACUAUAUGAAUGGUGGCGAAGGAACCACAAUUUCUCUGAGAAAGGAAUUGUAUAUGACGUAUAAUGCUAUCCGUAAACUAUGUAUGCAAAUAGAUGCGGUCUUAAUGCAUGAUAUAGGAGGCAAUUCUUUGUCAGAAGAAAUGGACCAGGGAAAAACACUCUUCAAAUUGAGGAUGGAAAAAGCUGAAGCUGGUUGCAGUAACACCAGCAAGGUAAUUUCUAUUGAGGAGAUUAAAGAGGAUGGAGGGUUCUUGACCAGAUUUGAAGAAGCUCAAGAAGCAAUAAAAGAAGCAGAUAUUAUGUUAAAUGCAUUGUUGAGAGCCAAUGCAAAUGCAAAGCAGCUAACUGAUAUAUUUAAGCAAGCGGGUGAGCAGUUACAGAUAGAAAGAGACAACUUGGUUGACGAAGUUGGACAGCUCAAGUCUUCAAUGCAUUUGAAGGAUGCUGAGAAUAAAUUACUUCAUGAUCAAGUUUGUUUUAAUUUGGAAGAGGUAGCUAACUCAGUGUCUUCUCUUGAAGGUUGUAUUUCACAAACACAGAGAGAUGUGGAUGAGAAGUUUGGCAUAAUAUCUUGUGAUAUCAUAUCCUUUAGAGAUGAGAUGCUUAAAUCUGUUAGUAACUGGAAAUCCCUACUGGAAGAUAUUUUUCUGGAAAUAAUGGGAAGAGAAUUUGCGUCAUUUGUUAUCCAUCAGUGCUAUUCGAAAGAAAUUUGUUGGCAAUUUGCGGCACAGUUUAAGGCAGACCCUAACUUUUUACCACUUAAAUGGCAAAGGUGUUUGGAAUCAACCAAUGCUUCAGGAUCUACUUGCCUUACUGAUAAGGAAGAUAUUAUGUUAAUUAAUAAGAUUGAGAAAGGAAGCACUGAGCUGAUCACAGGCUUGGAAGAGGUAGAUGGAGGUUUUUCCUAUGAUGACAUUUUGUAUGAGAAAUUGGCUCUUAAGAAGGAACUGAGGAGGAAGGAGGUUUUAUUAGAAGGUUUGCUUUUUGAUUUUAGAUUGCUGCAGGAAUCGACCUCAAAAACAAAGGAUAUGAAAGAUGAGACAGAUUAUUCACUGAGUCAGCUCCAGCACGAAUUGGAGAUUAAGGCAAAUCAGCUUGACAGUGUGCUUGUUCAGCAAAGAAAACUUGAGGGGCUUCUGACUGAUACUGAAAAGGCUUUGUUCUUAUCUAAUUCCAAGCUUGAUAAGGCAAAAGAAACAAUGACUUCAAUUUCAGAACAUAAUGCACAAUUGAAGAAGCAGGUAGAAGAUCUUUAUCUCCAAAAAUUUGAGGCUGAAAAACAAUUGGCAGAACAGCAGGAUGUAAUUAAUAAACUAGAAAAUGAAAUACUCCAUCUUACUUCACUGGAAAAAAGAUCUGUUCUGUCAGUGGAAGACAUCGAGAAUGACUUGAGCAGAGUCAUCAAUGAGAGAGACCAACUCCAUGAACAGGUCUGCUUUCUGACUGACAAGCUUGACAUAGCCUACGCAAUGGCUGAUGAAAAGGAAGCUGUUGCCACUGAAGCUCGUCAGGAAUCAGAGGCCAGUAAAUUGUAUGCAGAAGAGAAGGAAGAGGAGGUGAAGAUCUUAGAACACUCUGUUGAGGAGCUUGAGAGUACCAUAAAUAUGUUGGAAACAAAGGUGCAUGAGAUGGAUGAGGAGGUUGAGAAAAAUCGCACAUUAAGAGAAUCACUAGAACUGGAAAAACAAAUCUUGAGACAAAGGCUAUUAGCUGUAGAAAAUCUCUCUGAAGACAUGGAUUGUGGAGCUGAAAUUGUUGAGCAUGCUCAAGAGCAACCCAGGCAACCGGGAAAUAUACUUCUAGAACUGCUUGAGACAAAAAGUAGAAUAAAACUUCUUGAACAGGAAAGGGUAGAACAAGACAAAGAGGUUAAACGACUCAAAGAAUACAUCUCCGAGCUUGUAUUGCAUGCUGAUGCCCAGGCAAUGAAGUACCAACAGAAAUACACAAAUCUGGAAGUAAUGGUUCGUGAUGCAAGCAAAGAUCAUUCAAAUCCAAUGACUGCACCAGCAUUAGAUAAAGUCGAAAAAAAUUCUGCGAGACCAAGGGGAUCAAGCUCACCAUUCAGAUGCAUUUCAAACUUGGUGCAUCAGAUGAACUUGGAGAAGGAGCAUGAGCUGUCGACAGCAAGGCUUCGUAUAGAGGAGCUCGAGUUACUAGCAACUAGUCGGCAAAAAGAGAUAUGUAUACUGAAUGCUAGGUUGGCAGCAGCAGAAAGUAUGACACAUGAUGUUAUUCGAGAUUUACUUGGUGUUAAACUGGACUUGACUAAAUAUGCGAACUUUAUAGAUCAAUACCAAGUCCAGAAAAUGGUAACAGAGGCUCAUCUACAGUCUCAGCAAUUCCAGGAAAAGGAACGAGAGGUUCAAGACUUGAGGAUUCAAAUUAAUGAUUUGCAUGAAGAAAGAGAAUGUUACAAAUCUGUACUAAGCAAGAAGGAAGCUGAAGCACUCCAUAUGCAAAUAGCUUGUGAGAAACUACGUGAGCGGGAUCACUUGCUUUCUUCACAAAAUGGGAUACUGAAGACGGAAAACAAAAAUCUAAAGAAGAAGAUUGUUGAGCUGGAUGAUAGGGGGAACACACUUCAUCAAACACAAAGUAGCCAAUGUGACCAUCGUCAUUCAUUUCUAACCAAGAAUGAUGAGUUAACAAAGAGGUUGGCUAACUCAAAAAUGCUUCUCUCCCGCGUGAAUGAUGAAAUGGCUCGUUACCGUAUUCCUAGAGGCAGUUCUUCACAUCACCGAAGUGGAGGCUCUGGAAAGGAGAUAUCGCACGAGUGAUCGAGUAUAAAGACCACUCGAACAAGAGAGACGGCUUGGUUUGAUUGGUACAUAGUCAUUAACAAGGACAGUAUAGUACCACAUUGUAAAUGGUAGCACGAAGUUACAUAUCCUGUUUGUAAGUUUGGCCCAACAGAGCUUAAAAUCUCAACCGUAAUAGCAAAAUCCUGCUGCUGUAGAAAGAUUUCAAGUAAGGGCGACAUUUUGAGAGUUUAAUUACAUUGGCAUUUUAAUUUGUGCCCUUCUGAAUUGGUGUAAUGUUUGUACAUAAACAACUUAUUUUGAAUUUCAGUUCAGUUCUUCGUUGAACUUUUUCAUUGGUGGCUCUUAAAGUUUGGUUACAACUCUAGUUAUAGGGAAUUUUGGGUUUGAUAUUCCAUUUGGAUUAUUUAUUUUAGUUUAGGAGAAUUUGAGCCAAUACCUUCCAGACUGAUAACACAUGUUAUGUCAAUGUUGAGCUAUGCUCCACUUUUGUAUUUUUUAAAUUGAUUUCAAUUGAUAUAUAUACUUCUCUUUUA